AUGCUUGCUGAGAGAGUCUUUUCCAUUCUCAUGAACUCAAUGCCAGAUAAGCAGACCGGUGAUGAGCAUGCACCCGUGCUAGGGUCCGAGGGAGGUAUUCAGGAAGCUUUUGGGAGAUACCGAACAGCGCUCGACAAGUACCGAAGAUGCCAACUUGCACCGAACACGGUCGGUCCCUGCCCGACCAACGACAAGCCACCGAAGGACGUUCAACAGCACUUGGGUCAGUUCGCCCACACUUCACGUACUCACCAUGGCCACACAGGAGUGUUAUGA